UAUCACAGCAUGGCCAGAAGACUUGGUCUAUGUUGCGAUGUAAUACGUUUGGGUUCUCCUACUUCUCACUUCUUUAUCGUUUGGAAACCAAACUUUGCCACGUAUAGUUCAAGAAAUGCAAGAUGUUUUAACAUAAGUUUUAAGAAAUUCUUGCCUUAUUAUCUUGGUGUCAGGGAACUGCUAUACAGGACGCAUUCAAAUUUUGAAUACCUCGAUGAAUUAAGAGUUGGACGGUUUUGGCAAGAAUUAAUAUUGUUAGCAUUGGUAAAUAGUAACCGAUAUAAUAACGCUUUGGGGUUUAUGCCGGAUGGAUCUAUUUAAUUGGUUGGAUACGACAGUAUAAAUGUGGUAUGUUAGCACUAUA